CUUGGAUGUGAGGGUGGACAAGAGAAACAUGGAUCAUUACCUACGCCGUCUGAAGCAGGAGUUGAAGCAUAUGGAAAGCUUGGACUUCAUCAGCAGGUGCAAGCAAGUCCCUCUGUAGCACCAUCAAUCCAGCGUAAUGGUGCAAAGCUGGAGAAUGUUGAUCACUUUUCCUAUCUUGGCAGCCAUCUCUCUGUAAAAGCUGACAUUGACGCUGAAGUUCAACAUCGUCUGAGCUCUGCGAGUGCCGCAUUCUCCCGAAUGAAGCAUAGAGUGUUCGAGGAUUGGGAUAUUCAGAGGGAGACCAAAAUACUUAUUUAAAAAGUCAUUGUAUUACAGACCUUACAUUAUGCCUGUGAAACAUAGACCAUUUAUAAAUGCCACUCCCAGCUGCUUGAAAGAUUCCACCAAUGCUGCCUCCAGAAAAUUCUGCAAAUUACUUGGGAAGAUAGAUGGACGUUAGCGUUUUGGAAGAAGCACAGACCUCCACUGUUGAAACAAUGAUCCUUCAACAUCAACUUCGUUGGACCGGCCAUGUUGUUUGAAUGCCUGAUUACCGUGUUCCAAAGCAGCUACUUUACUCCCAACUUAAGGAUGGAAAACGGAAUAUCAAUGGACAGCAAAAGAGGUUUAAAAAUGUUCUUAAAGAUAAUCUAAAAAAAUGUAACAUGAGCAUCGAGAACUGGGAAGUUUUGGCCCAUGAGCGUCCCAAUUGGAGGUCGGCUAUUAUCGAAGGUGCUAUGGAGUACAGGGCGAAAGGGACAAAUGAGCUAAGCAGAAGGCACGUCAAGCAAAUCCUCAUCACAACUGUCUUCCAUCUGGAAACCUAUGUCCUCACUGUGGGAGGCUAUGUGGAUCUAGGAUUGGCCUCCACAGUCACUUACGGACCCACCAUUAAAUACCUUAUCUUGGAAGGCAAUCUUACUCAGUCACAAGUGAUCACCAAUGUAAUCUGGAAGUAUAUGAAGCUAUGACAUAGUUUCUACAGGCAGCAGAGAAGAUGUUAUCCAUGAAGGAGGUUGGGGAUGGGCUGCAUGAACAGAUGAACUGCAUGAUGGGGGCUCUGCAGGAGCUGAAACUCCUCCAGGUCCAGACAGCUUUGGAACAGCUGGAGAUUUCAAGCAAUCCAAGCCAGGUUUCAGGAAUUGGCCAGCAUCAAUAUUGUCAAAACAAUCAGGAGGCACCAAGGGCAAGGUGUGAAGCCAGCAGGCAGAGGGAGAAAAUGCUGGGAAAGAGUUGUUUGGAGGACUGCAGUUCUUCACCCUUUUUGUGCUCCACUCAGGGGUCACAGUCCACCAGCCCGCUUUACCAUAUUACUUUGCCAGAUAACAGCCAUGGGCACAUGGCUUCAUCCCUUAAUAGCACAAGCAGCAAGGAUUACUAUCACACCAGUGGACAUUCAUCUACAGUGAGCACAGCAGAGUACCAUUCACCAAGGACAUUUGAGUCGUCUAAUCAGCACAGGACUAGAAGCUGGUUUUCCCAAGACACAAGCAGCUUGUCCAAGAAUAAAUUGGGGUGCAGCGAAUGUCAGUUCUCUGAUGAGACCAAUGAUUGGACUUCCUCACUAAUGUCUCAAAGCAGGAAUCGACAGCCUCUGGUCUUGGGUGACAACAUCUUUGCUGAUUUGGUUGGAAACUGGCUGGAUUUGCCUGAGGUAGAGAAAAAAGUAGAGAAGAGCGAGACAUCCCUGUCAAGCAGCAAAUCCCAAGAGUUCUACAGAAAGUUUUCCCUCACAGCCAAUAUCUUCAAGAAGUUCUUAAGGAGCAUCCGGCCAGAUCGAGACAGGUUGCUUAAGGAGAAGCCUUGCUGGCUGCCAACAGAAGACAAAGAUGCCAAAAUCUUAAAAAGACCGAAGAAGGCAAACAAACAGAAGGGGACCUUUUACUUCCCAGUCCAUGGUAACCUACCGAACUCACAUGACAAAGCAGAAAGGUACCACAAGAAGGAAACAGGCAAGGCCAAGGCCAAACAUUGUGCCAAGAAGGUCCGCGACACAAUAGACCACACUCAGUCAGGGUUUGAUUUUAACACCGCUGUAUGGGUCUGAAUUUCCAAGCCUUGUCAUCUUCUGUGCCCAAACUGUUCUUCCCCAAACAGGAGAUAAACAGUGAGAAAGGUAAAAGAUAGAUAGAUCUGUCAUGUGUGGACUAGGAUGAAGAAAGGAUGAUCUCCAUGAUCCAUACGUUGACACAAAUCACUUUCUCAAGUACUGCCUGUAGAACUGCACCUAUGUGUUAAAGGGAGUCCAGUUGUGUUCAGAAACUCCCCAAGCUGGUGCCUGAGAAACUCUUUCACAGGGAGAUUUUUUUGGGGGGGCGGUGGGGCAGAACAGAGUCUUAAUUAUCAGUUCCUCUUCCCUCCCACAUAUAUAGGCCUUCAAGUUUGCCAAACAUUUUCAGUUCAUCUUUGAUUCAGGUAGCAACAGACUGUUAUGUCUCAGUGUGUGCGUGCGUGCGUGAGUGUGUGCAUGUGAUUUUAUGAUUUAACUCUGCUCUUCCUUGUGUGCACUAAAUCCUGGCUUACGCACCAGGCAAACGAAUAAGCACUUGAUAGUUAAAUUAAGAGUUUGAAUUAAAUUGAGGGUUGAAUUUUUAAGAAGAGAGAGAGGUGGUACGUGAUCUGAAUGAAGUAGGUGCAACCAAUAAUCACAUCACAUUUUGACUGUUCUUUUUCUAAAGUGUGACUUCCGGCUCACCCACCAUGAUCUGUAUUGUACUAGAACGUGUCUAAGGAGUGCUAUGUAGUGAGUAGCCAGCCCACUGCCGCAACUUUAGAAUUACCAGACGGUCUUCGUCUCUUCAUUUUGCCCUCAAAGCCUUAAACUGAGGUCACACUGAGGUCCCAAGUUGUAAUAGACCUUUCCUUAGUUUUGUUGUUUCAUUUUGCAUUUCUUACUGUGUAUGAGUUUAGUCUUAUGAGAAAUUAGUUCUCUAGCGGUCAGCUCUCCAAGGGCUUAUUAUUAAUAAAGUGAUGUUCCUCUCUCCAAAUAUGGCUUGAUGGGGCUGUUUGUACAUUGUGAGAAACUUGUGAAACA